AUGGAUUAUAAUAUGGACGACUUUACAUUUAAACGUAAAAAAUCAAACAAGUCAUCAGGGAGGAAAUUGUUUGCAAAACCUGAUAUACCUAUUAUAAAAAAAAAUCUUCGAGAGAAUGCUGCUCAUGUAUCUACUACAUUAAGAAAGCACAAUGAUAAUGAAUUUGAAGGCGAUGUUGCAGAUUGGUCAAUGGAAGGAACUGGAAGAAGAGUUGCCUAUGAAGAUUUUACUACCAUAGAUUGGAUUCAUGAUUUUGCUAAAGAGCGAGCACGCCAAAGAAAAUUACAAAAAAAAAAAGGAUUUCGUGCUCAAUUGAAUCUUCUUUUUGAUGCUACAGAAGGAUGGAUUAUUGUAUCGAUUGUUGGUAUUGCAUGCGGAUUAUUAGCAGCAGCUAUUGCAAUAACUUCAGAAUGGUUAAGUGAUUUAAAAGAAGGUUAUUGUAGCACAGCAUUUUAUUUAAAUAGAAAAUUUUGCUGUUGGGGGUAUGAAGAUGAAUAUGUUUGCACAGGAUGGGUUCCUUGGAAUACUGCUCUUCAAGCAAGAUCAGAAUCUGCAGAAUUUUGGACAAACUAUUUUUUUUAUAUAAUAUUUUCUUUAUUAUUUGCAACCACAGCGGCUUAUUUAGUUAAAACUUAUUCACCUUAUUCUGCUGGCAGUGGAUUACCUGAAGUUAAAACUAUCUUGGGUGGAUUUGUUAUAAGAAAAUUUUUAGGGUGGUCAACUUUAGUGAUCAAAAGCAUUGGAGUGUGUCUUGUGGUUGCAUCUAGUUUGUCUCUGGGCAAUGAAGGGCCUUUAAUACAUCUGGCUUGUUGUUGUGGAAAUAUUAUACCUAGGAUUUUUCCAAAAUAUAGAUAUAAUGAAGCUAAGAAACGUGAAAUAUUAUCAGCAGCAGCAGCAGCCGGUGUUUCUGUUGCAUUUGGUGCACCUAUUGGUGGUGUUGUAUUUAGUUUGGAGGAAGUGUCAUAUUAUUUCUCAUUCAAAACUAUGUGGAGAAGUUUUUUUUGUGCAAUGGUUGCUGCAGUAUCACUUGCGGGGCUAUUUGGAGCUUUAUUUAUAAGACUUAAUCUUAAAAUUGCAACAUUUCGUCAAGAAUCUUGGAUAAGAUAUUUUCCUAUACAAGAAGUGAUAGUAGUGUCAUUUCUUACAUCAAUAAUUAGUUAUUUAAACAUUUUUAUGAGAGUAAACCCUUCUGAACUUGUGGCAAAUUUAUUUCGCGAGUGUGUUGGAGGAGAUUAUCAUAAUCUUUGCAACCACGACAAUUAUUGGGAACCAACUUUAUUGUUAUUGGUUGCAUCAAUUUGUAAAUUUUUCUUAACUGUAGUGUCAUUUGGUUUACAAGUUCCAGCUGGUUUAUGGUUACCAUCAUUAGCAAUAGGGGCAUGUUUUGGUAGAGCUUUGGGGUUAAUUGUGCAUGCAUGGCAUAGCUAUCAUCCUAAUUUUUGGCUAUUUUCUUCAUGUUUGCCUGAUGUUCCUUGUAUAACACCAGGAAUGUAUGCUAUGAUCGGGGCAGCAGCCACUUUUGGUGGAGUUACACGUAUGACAGUCGUUAUAGUAUUUGAACUGACCGGUGCAUUAACUUAUGUUUUACCAAUAAUGAUUACUGUUAUGAUUAGCAAAUGGGUUGGAGAUGCAUUUAAUAAAGAAGGUAUAUAUGAUGGCUGGAUAAGGAUGAACGAAUAUCCAUUUUUGGAUAGUAAAGAAGAAUAUAUUUAUAAUACAUUGGCUUCUCAAGUUAUGACAAAAGUUGAAGAUUUAUUAGUCAUAGUUUCUGCUGGCUACACUUUGAAUAGUUUGGAAACAAUACUUAAUGAUACGAAUUAUAAAGGAUUUCCUGUAGUGCAUAGUUCUGAUGAUUUGUUACUUAAUGAAAAGGCAAAAAAACAAGGAAUAUCAUCAUCAUGUCCUUGUUAUUUUUCUAAUAAUUUACCUAUAUUGGAUUCAUCUGAAUUUGUAGAUUUCAGGCCAUGGAUGGAUCAAACACCAAUAACAGUAUCUCAUAAAUUUCCAAUGGAGAUGGUAAUAGAAUUAUUUAGAAAAAUGGGUUUAAGAUAUGUAUUAGUGACAAAGAAUGGUCAAUUAUUAGGAUUAAUAACAAAAAAAGAUGUGUUAAGGCAUUUAUCAGCAAUAAACAGCACAUCAAGAAUUUUAGAUUAUAACGGAUACAUGCCAAAUAAUCAAUCACCAAAUUUAAUGAUUUUACCUGAGAGAAGAAUGGAUGGUUAUUUUAAUAACAAUGAGAUUUAA